AUGUCUCGCCAUUGUCGUUUUAAGGAAUCCAUGGAGAGUGUGUAUGGGAAGACUGCUGAUAUUCCAGACCCUGAUGCUUGGGUGCCUCCAAUAAAUCCUGGAGGCCUCAAUGGGCGCUAUCUUUGGACAGACGCCUUUGGAGUGUUAAAUUUCUUAACUUUGAAUAAGGAGAGCCCACAAAACGACAGGAAAUACCUCACGCUAGCCAAGCGGUCGGUUUGCAACGUCCAUGAUACCCUCGGCCACACUCGCGAUAGAACGGCAAGACUACCAGGCGCCACUGAUAGCAACCCCCUCGGUGGUGGGCUACGGAUUGGAAAGGUAUCAGAAACUGGGCCAGAUGGCGAUGGUCAAUAUCACCAUUAUCUGACAUUAUGGAUGUUCGCACUGAAUCGGCUGUCUAUGGCCACCGGAGACGCAUCAUACAAUUUUCAGGCAAUCUCUCUGGCGAAGGCCAUACACCCGCGUUUUGUAGUUGAACGGGCCUCAAAUGCCAUACGAAUGGUAUGGAAGAUGUCAAUGGAUCUAUCUGAACCACUUGUGGAGAACGAGGGACACCUUGACCCGAUAGAUGGGUACUUGGUAUUUCGACUCCUGCAAUCGUCAGCGGCGAGCCAUGGAGAAGGCCAAAUCUUAAGUGACGAAAUCGAGGAUUAUGCAAGAAUUAUGGAUCGAAAAAAGGGCCAGCGUGUUUCCAGCGAUACUCUUGACUUGGGUAUGAGCAUGUGGACUGCUCACUGGCUUGCCGCAAAAGAAACCUGGGCGGCAGAUCUGAGAGCCAAAUGUCUCUCUCAACUGCGUAACCCUCCCACCAGUAUUCAUUAG